CAGAAGACGAAGAAGCGCCCCUGAACCACCUCCGAUACCUUUUGGUUCAGUCGCCCCGGGACGCCCGCCUCGCACGAGCGCUGGACUUCAGUUCAACACACUUUUUAUGCGGAUAUUUGGAUACGUGUCUCAGCCGCGGCGCGCUGAGCUUCGUGAGGCGGAGGAAGAGCGAGACCCGACCGCAGGAGUUUUAACAAGUAGCGUUAAGUUAACUGGGUUAAAGCUAGUUAGCUUAAGCGGUGUUUAGCCGCAGUCCAACAUGACCCAGCAAGCUGCUGCUCUGCAGACCUACAACAAUGAACUCGUCAAGUGUAUGGAGGACCUGUGCUCCAAGCGCGAGGAGUUGAACCGUCAGAUCAAGCAGGAGGAAGAGGAGAAGGAGCGGCUUCAGCACGACAUCCGCGUCCUCUCAGAGAAGCUGAGUCGAGUCAAUGAGAGUCUGGCCCAAAGACUCGCCGCCCGCGCCACCUUCGACCGCACCAUCGCAGAGACCGAGGCUGCGUACACCAAGAUCUUGGAGAGCUCCCAGUCUCUUCUGAGCGUCCUGAAACUGGAGGCAGGAAACCUCAGUAAAGCCACAGAGCCCCGGAGGAAGGAUCACUGAUGGCAACGAAAGGUCACUGAACUCUCAUUUUGACCAGAACAGCAACACUUGACUCUGCAUUUUGAACAGUUGCUUCUUCACUCCGGACUAAUUGUAAUAAGUUUUGCCUGAUUUAUUGUAAGUUACUUAAACUAAUAAAUGUGUUUAUCACCCCUGUGA